AUGGCUUUGCUGUGUGGCCUUGGGAGCGGCGGCAUGGAGGCGCUCACCACUCAGCUGGGGCCGGGGCGCGAGGGCAGCUCCUCGCCCAACUCCAAGCAAGAGCUGCAGCCUUACUCGGGCUCCAGCGCUCUCAAACCCAACCAGGUGGGCGAAACGUCGCUGUACGGGGUGCCCAUCGUGUCUCUGGUCAUCGAUGGCCAGGAGCGCCUGUGCCUGGCGCAGAUCUCCAACACGCUGCUCAAGAACUACAGCUACAACGAGAUCCACAACCGCCGCGUGGCCCUGGGCAUCACGUGCGUGCAGUGCACGCCGGUGCAGCUGGAGAUCCUGCGCAGGGCCGGAGCCAUGCCCAUCUCCUCGCGCCGCUGCGGCAUGAUCACCAAGCGCGAGGCCGAGCGCCUCUGCAAGUCGUUCCUGGGCGAGCACAAGCCACCCAAGCUGCCCGAGAACUUCGCCUUCGAUGUGGUGCACGAGUGCGCCUGGGGCUCGCGUGGCAGCUUCAUCCCCGCGCGCUACAACAGCUCGCGUGCCAAAUGCAUCAAAUGCGGUUACUGCAGCAUGUACUUCUCGCCUAACAAGUUCAUCUUCCACUCGCACCGCACGCCCGACGCCAAGUACACCCAGCCCGACGCCGCCAAUUUCAACUCGUGGCGCCGCCACCUCAAACUCAGCGACAAGUCGGCCACCGAUGAGCUGAGCCACGCUUGGGAGGACGUCAAGGCCAUGUUUAACGGCGGCACGCGCAAGCGGACCUUCUCGCUGCAAGGAGGAGGCGCAGGCGGCGCGAACGGCGGGUCGGGUGGGCAGGGGAAGGGCGGCGCCGUCGGCGGCGGAGGCGGCGGCGGUGGCCCGGGGUGCGGCGCGGAGCUGGCCCCAGGCCCGCCGCCCCACAAAAGCCUGCGCUGCGGCGAGGAGGAAGCUACCGGGCCUCCGGGGCCGCCGCCUCCCCACCCUCAGCGCGGACUUGGCCUGGCGGCGGCAGCAGGCCCAGCCGGCCCCGGAGGGCCCGGGGGAAGCGCCGGCGUCCGCAGCUACCCGGUGAUUCCGGUGCCCAGCAAAGGCUUUGGACUCUUGCAAAAGCUGCCCCCGCCGCUCUUCCCGCAUCCGUACGGUUUCCCCACAGCCUUCGGCCUGUGCCCCAAAAAGGACGACGCGGUGUUAGGUGCCGGCGAGCCGAAGGGCGGCCCUGGCAGCGGGGGCGGCGGGGGCGGUGCGGGUGGCGGCAGCGGCGGCGCUGGCGGCCCGGGAGCCGGGCACUUGCCCCCGGGGACCGGGGCGGGCCCGGGCGGCGGUGCCAUGUUCUGGGGACAUCAGCCCUCCGGAGCAGCUAAGGACGCGGCGGCGGUGGCUGCAGCGGCCGCCGCCGCCACCGUGUAUCCGACGUUCCCCAUGUUCUGGCCCGCGGCAGGCAGCCUCCCGGUGCCGCCCUACCCGGCCGCGCAGAGUCAAGCCAAGGCCGUAGCGGCCGCCGUGGCGGCGGCAGCGGCGGCGGCGGCGGCGGCCGCGGGCGGCGGAGGCCCGGAGCCCCUGGACGGUGCCGAGCCAGCCAAAGAGGGCGGCCUCGGCGCGGAGGAGCGCUGCCCGAGCGCUCUUUCCCGAGGACCGCUGGACGAGGACGGCGCGGACGAGGCGCUGCCGCCGCCCCUGGCCCCGCUACCGCCGCCGCCGCCGCCGCACGCACGCAAAGGUUCCUACGUGUCGGCCUUCAGGCCUGUGGUCAAAGACGCCGAGAGCAUUGCCAAGCUCUAUGGCAGCGCCCGUGAGGCGUACGGCGCCGGACCUGCUCGUGGGCCCGGGCCGGGCGCGGGGACCGGCGGAGGCUACGUGAGCCCGGACUUUCUGAGCGAGGGCAGCUCCAGCUACCAUUCUGCCUCGCCCGACGUGGACACCGCGGAUGAGCCCGAGGUGGACGUGGAGUCCAACCGCUUCCCCGAAGAAGAGGAGGGCGCCCAGGACGAGGCCGAGCCCAGCGCCCCCAGCACUGCAGGUGGCCCGGACGGCGACCAGCCCGCGGGGCCCCCGGCAGUCGCGGGCGUGGAUGGCCCGGCAGACUCCCCCGAGGGCGGCAGCCCCCACCCCCGGCGCCGCCUGGGGCCACCCCCCGCCGGCCGGUCCGCAUUUGGGGACCUGGCGGCCGACGACGUGGUGCGGAGACCCGAGAGGAGCCCGCCAAGCGGUGGCUACGACCUGCGAGAGCCUUGCGGGUCCCUGGGAGGUCCCGCGCCCGCCAAGGUGUCCGCGCCGGAGAGGGACGAGUACGCGAAGAGCGCGGCGGCGGCGGCGCUGGGGCCCGCGGCCUCCUUUCUCUGCGCCCCCGAGACCCACGAGCCAGAUAAGGACGACAAUCACUCGAUCGCCGACGAUUUGGAAACCAGGAAAUCCUAUCCAGACCAAAGGAGUAUCUCCCAGCCAAGUCCCGCAAACACAGACCGAGGUGAAGAUGGGCUCACCCUGGAUGUCACAGGAACCCAGCUGGUGGAGAAAGACAUCGAAAACCUGGCCAGAGAUGAAUUGCAGAAACUGCUCCUGGAGCAAAUGGAACUCCGAAAGAAGCUGGAGCGAGAAUUUCAGAGUCUCAAAGAUAAUUUUCAGGAUCAGAUGAAGAGGGAAUUGGCUUAUCGAGAAGAAAUGGUACAACAGCUGCAAAUUGUCAGAGAUACGCUGUGUAACGAACUGGACCAGGAGCGGAAGGCGCGCUACGCCAUCCAGCAGAAAUUAAAAGAAGCCCACGACGCCCUGCACCACUUCUCCUGCAAGAUGCUCACGCCCCGUCACUGCACUGGCAACUGCUCCUUCAAACCCCCGCUGUUGCCCUAG